AUGGAGGAUUACGCCCGGGAACCUUGUCCAUGGAGAAUUGUGGAGGAUUGUGGGGGUGCCUUCUCCAUGGGAGCAAUUGGGGGAUCACUGUUCCACGGCAUCAAAGGGUUUAGAAAUGCACCCAGUGGUAACUACAGAAGGUUAAUAAGCAGUUUUGCCACAUUAAAAGAACGAGCACCAAUAGUGGGAGGAAACUUUGCAGUAUGGGGCGGCCUCUUCUCUGCCAUUGAUUGUUCCAUGGUUUACCUGAGGAAGAAGGAGGACCCAUGGAAUUCCAUUACUAGUGGCGCCCUCACAGGAGCAAUUCUCUCGGUUCGGAAUGGCACCGGGGCGAUCAUUGGCUCAGCAUUGAUAGGAGGAGUUCUUCUGGCUCUCAUUGAAGGCUUCGGUAUCAUGUUCACACGAUUCACAGCCGAACAGUUCAAUCCAGCAAACCGAAUGAUGGAGGAGGACCCAUCGCAGUCAGCCCCACAAUUUCCUGUUAGUUCUAUAACUGAAAGAAGUUCAAUAUUUGCAAAUCAACCUUCAUAUCAGUAG